AUGAGCCCCGGUGCAGGCAACGAGCCCAAUGGGCAAACAAAUGGAUCCCACCCCGGCUUCACUGCUAUCCAGACCCGCCAGAACCCUCACCCUUCCCGCAACCCUUACGGUCACAACGUCGGCGUUACGGACUUCCUGAGCAAUGUUUCCCGCUUCAAGAUCAUUGAGAGUACCCUCCGUGAGGGUGAGCAGUUUGCCAACGCUUUCUUCGACACCGAGAAGAAGAUUCAGAUCGCCAAGGCAUUGGACGAUUUCGGUGUGGACUACAUUGAGCUUACGAGUCCCUGCGCUUCCGAGCAAUCGAGGCUCGACUGCGAGGCCAUCUGCAAGCUCGGCUUGAAGGCCAAGAUUCUUACACACAUCCGUUGCCAUAUGGACGACGCUCGGGUCGCCGUCGAGACCGGUGUCGAUGGAGUUGACGUUGUUAUUGGAACGUCAUCUUACCUCCGUGAGCACUCUCACGGUAAGGACAUGACCUAUAUUAAGAACGCCGCCAUUGAAGUCAUCGAGUUCGUCAAGUCCAAGGGCAUUGAGAUCCGAUUCUCCAGCGAGGACUCUUUCCGUUCCGACCUCGUUGACCUGCUCUCCAUUUACUCCGCUGUCGAUCAAGUUGGUGUCAACCGUGUUGGUAUUGCCGACACUGUUGGCUGCGCUUCGCCUCGCCAAGUAUACGAGCUUGUCCGUGUGCUGAGAGGUGUCGUGAGCUGUGAUAUUGAAACGCACUUCCACAACGAUACUGGCUGCGCUAUCGCUAACGCCUACUGCGCUCUGGAAGCCGGUGCCACUCACAUCGAUACCUCUGUCCUUGGUAUUGGUGAGCGAAAUGGUAUCACCCCUCUGGGUGGUCUCAUGGCUCGCAUGAUGGUUGCCGACCCCGCCUACGUCAAGGGCAAGUACAAGCUGGAGAAGCUGAAGGACAUUGAGGAUCUUGUGGCCGAGGCUGUUGAGGUCAACAUCCCCUUCAACAACUACAUCACUGGUUUCUGCGCCUUCACCCACAAGGCUGGUAUCCACGCCAAGGCCAUCCUGAACAACCCAAGCACCUACGAGAUCAUUAACCCCGCUGACUUCGGAAUGUCGAGAUACGUCCACUUUGCGUCCCGUCUGACGGGCUGGAACGCCAUCAAGUCGCGUGCACAGCAGCUCAAUAUCCAUAUGAGCGAUGAUCAGUACAAGGAGUGCACAGCCAAGAUCAAGGCCCUUGCCGACAUCCGACCUAUUGCCAUUGAUGAUGCCGACAGCAUUAUUCGCGCUUUCCACCGUAACCUUAACUCGGGAGAGAACAAGCCCCUUCUUGACUUGACCGCCGACGAGCACGCUCAAUUCCUCGCCAAGGAAAAGGAGCUCGCCGCCCAAGGCAAUGCUGCGGCCCUAUAG